ACCCUAAAUUUUUGUUUAUCCUCUCGAUCUCCGUAGAAAGUAGAAACCAUGACCGGAGAUGUCAACGAAGGCAAAAUAAGCGUCUUAUGGGACUUGACGGAUUUCCCAGUCCCUGAGGGUCGCGGUAUUCGUGAGAUUGUUGGUUCUGUUCUUGCGAGAAAGGGUUAUACUGGUGAGAUUUCAAUCAAGGCUUAUGGUGAGACGACGAAUCCGUACCCGCCUGAAGAAGGAAUCCCAUUCGUACUCAACAGCGAUAAAUAUUGGAGGCUUAAUAGGAUUUUAGUAGACAUUUGUUUAUGGUCAUUGGACAGCCCUGCUCCCUAUGAGGGACCAUCAACUUUGAUGGUAGUCGCAAAAAACAUUGAAGAAAGAUCGGAGUUCGUCGCUGUUAUCCAAAAUUUGAAGGCUUCAGGUUACAAUACCAUCUUUGUAGUGCCUGAUGGUUACAGCCCAUACAGAGUGCCAAUUCCUAAAGUAAACUUAGCUUGGUAUUGGGAAAGCCUACUAGAGGGAGGAGAGCCUAUCCCCGAUUCGGAAUUACAAGGGAUAUUAUUGCGAGUCAAACAACAUGAAACCAACGUAUUCUAGUAUCUUUGUGCUAUGUAACAAGAAGACAACUAGCUGAUAUAUGCAACUCUCUAGCUACGUUUGAUACGAACAUAUUUCAGAGCCAAACUGCAAUAUAAUUACCAAAUCAGA